CCAUCACAUUGCCCUUUGAAAGAGCAUUCACUUCCCUGUUUUGGCUGUUAGAGCAAAGUGCUCAGAUAAAUCGCUGUGCCGCUUCAUAAACCUGUUGGUGCAGGCUUGACAAGAUGUUUGUUUGAUUUCUGUGAUUUCAAACUCACAUGGACUGAAGACGGAUCUCCACAUAAUGUUCAAAAUUUCAGUAUGAAGCUGGAUCUGAACAACUCCAACAUGUCUGUGGAGUCUGAUGCUGAGAGGCCAGAGCAGGGACCAGUCGAGUACCGCAUGGCAGGCCUGAUCUUCUACUGCUUCGUUUUCAUAAUAGGAGUCAUAGUCAAUCUCACAGCUCUGUGGGUGUUUGCUCUCACCACCAAGAAGAGGAACUCAGUCACAGUCUACAUGAUAAAUGUAGCGGUGGUAGACCUCACCUUCAUCCUGCUGCUUCCCUUCAGGAUGGUUUACCACCACCAGGACUACUGGCCCUUUGGGGAUAUAUUUUGCCGGAUCAGUGCUGCUCUCACCAUUUUCUACCCCUGCAUUGCUCUGUGGCUGUUUGCUCUGAUCAGCGCCGACCGCUACAUGGCCAUCGUCCAGCCAAAGCACGGCAAAGAGCUGAGGAAUGUCCCAAAGGCCGUGGUGGCCAGUUUAGGAGUGUGGCUCAUGACUUUGGGCAGCACCGUACCCCUGAUCUUCACCAAUCAUGACCCCGAUCGCAGUUCCAACUUUACCACUUGCAUCAAGAUGCAAGACAUCAUCUACUUGCGCCACGACAACCCUGUCAACUUUGUGAGACUCAUCUUCUUUUUCCUGGUUCCCAUAUGUAUAAUGAUUGGCUGCUAUAUCGUCAUAGUGGAUAAUCUGAUCCACGGCCGCACCUCUAAACUCAAACCCAAAGUGAAGCAGAAGUCUAUCCGGAUUAUCAUCACCCUCAUCAUCCAAGUGCUGGUGUGUUUUGUGCCUUUUCAUGUGUGUUUAGUGCUCCGUUUGCUGGGGACGGAUGAAGACGGGGGGUUUAGCACAGGGGCAGUCUUUACCACAUUCCUGAUGAAUGUAAGCACAGUGUUAGACAUUAUUCUGUACUACAUUGUCUCUAAACAGUUCCAAGACAGGGUGAUCAGUGUGAUUCUGUACAGGAACUAUCUGAGAAGUGUAAGACGCAAGAGCAGGCACACACACACAGGAAGCGUUCGAUCAAUGAGCAACCUGACCAGUGCAAUGAUAUGAAACCAUCAUCAAACUCUGGUGUCAAACAGCACACACACUAUAUGUACUGUGUAUGCUUUGGCACAUUGUAAGCACUGAAUGCAUCACUGUGUGCAUGGUUCAUUAUCAAAAGGAUCAAAACUUGCAAUUAAUUUCCAAGGUGUAAUUUACACUCACAGUAUGGGAGUGCUGCUGUUGUGGCAAAAACAUCUGUGUUCAGAGCUGAUUGAGUCACCCAUGAGACUUGCAAUGUUUUCUGUGCAUCUUUGCUCUGGCAGACGCAGCACGGGUGUCUGUGGCUCAGGUGUACCGCGGGCAGACAAAAAUAAAGCUGGUAGUCAUUUAAAACAUAGCCAACAGUAUCUCAGCGCUCGGUUUGUUAUUAUGUAUAAACAGUAAAACUCCUCUCAGCCUUCUCACUACGUCACCCAACAACCAUAAAGGGCCUGACAGCCUCCACGGGGGGGUGGGGUGCGGGGUGGGGGAAUCUACAGGAAACAGUGGUGGGUUCUUAAAGGCGGCUGUCUGUGUUUGGUCGCUGCAGCAAAUUUGUAACUUCGCCUCUGUAGCACCUCAAAGUUGCAUGACAACCUAGUAAAUAUAGUAUGUAGGAUCUAUAAUUAAAACACACACAGCAAACGUCAUGAAAGUUGCUGAAAAUUUAUUGACCAGGUGAUGGCAGCAUGGCACAGCUAGAUCACAUCUACCUGCCAGAGGAACACAAGACACAGCUUUCUUUACUUUCCAAGUGGACAGUGCUAGAUUUUUGUGUCUAUCCUGUAGAGCACCUUCUACUUUUUUUUUUUGUUGUUGUUGUUGUUGUUUCUGCAUAUCGUAACAUUUCAUCUUUAGCUUUAUAAAAGCAAAUAUUUCCCUUUUUAUUCUGUGAAAUAACCAUUCCAGCUUCUCACAGAGAAGUUGUUAACUAGAGUCGUAACAGCUCACCUCAACCAGGAAUCCGACUGAAGUGUGUUUAUGGUGCAACGUGAAUCAUAUUGAUUAGAUGUUAAAUGAUUCAGUCAGCUGAAGUGCAUUUACAGUAACAUCCUCAAGAGACAUCAGGGAGGCUAUUUACUAGAUUUAAAGCAACCUUAACCUUAAAAGAGAAAACCUUUUCUGCUCAGGGAUACUGUAAUGUCAGGUCUCUGCUGCGAGCAUAAGCACCAUGUUGCAAGAUCCAGCAAUUUAUCCAUAAUUUAUUCCCCAAAUGACAGACAAGUGAUGAGUUUGAGGGUAGUGAACGUGCGACAGUUCUAUCUCUGUGAAGAAACUGUUUAAUUUAAGUGAAGGGGGAAAGAAUGGUUUUGAUAGGUGUCCUGCACGAACAUCGCCCUAGCUAAGAAUUGAUUUGGUGUUGCCAGUUGCUAAAAUAAUCAAGUUAGUGUGUCUGUCACACCAACACAGCCUUAACCGGAUUAGACAGUGAGUCAGUGUAGCUGAGUAACUAUGUAGUGUCUCAUACAAUUAGACAGGCACUGCACCCUGUGGUGUAACCACAUCUACCAUAGCAAUUCUCAGAAUGGUUAUCGUAUGGAAGAUCAAUUGCAAACGCAACUGAAUCAACUGUGUCAUACUGUUCUUUUAUUCCUUAAAGAGAUUCUGGUUUUAUUCAUGUUUUCUCACAUCUUCACAAGCAAGCUCAGUUGAAUUCUCACGGAGUUCAGUUAGUGUACUACACUGGUAAAAGGAUAAACAGCACAGAGAGUCCAAAUGGUUUGUGGUUUUUACAGUCUUCACAGUCAAGAAAUGGCCACUGACAUACACAGCUGAGGUGGUAGAUUUAAACUGUGUUUCAAUAAGAAGAAGGCAGACUACAAGUUUCCAUCUCACAUGGAAUUCUGGGAACUGCAGUUCAUCACAUGAUGAUAGCUUUAUUGGCUGAUGGGCUACAAGUAGAUUUAUAACCAAGAGGUCAAAGGUCAAAUGAAACAUCAGAGGGUCAUCUAUCUGUCCCACCUGUUAGACAUCAAAGAAAAACCAGCCACGCUGCUCACAGCAACUGGCAUUUAAAACAAUUAAGUUUCCUGUCAAGUCCCUGUGAUGAAUUAUCCGGAAGCUUUACUGGCUGUAAUUCUAAAUCUUCCCAACAAGUGCCUUUGUUGUAGAGAAAUUAAUGAAAACAAGAUUGUCUUUCAUAGGAGCUGAUCUAACAGCGCGACAGCCAGCUGCUCUUCUUUGGGAAUAAAAACAGUCAGCAUUAAACACAGCUCAGACAAAAUACUUUUUUUUUUUUUUUUCCCUACCACUCGUGUGGAAAACAAAUCAGGCGGCGAGCGCAGUGGCCAUCUGUUUUGUUAUUUGAUAUGUGUGAAUACAUGUUGUAAUGACUUUGUUUGUGAAUCACUCUGCGCGGCAGAACACACGAGAGCUCUCGAAGUGCUGGAGUGUUCAAAGCUAAUCAUAUAAUUGGACACAAUAGUCGAUGACAAAUGGAGACGCUUGGAGCCAGCCAGCUGGGGAAGUGAAUAUGUAAUCAUUGUAAAAUCAUAUCAUUUUUGCAUAUUUGAAGACAGCUUAAUAGAGUUUGCAUGUCAGCACAGCAUCAAAUGAUCAUCAGAGACAGUGUUGCUGUAUUUGUUUUUCUAAGUAGUGCUCUGUUGUACUACUUAUCUGUAUCAUGAUUAAAAGUGUUUCUUAAGA